AUGUCAGCUGACCAGGAGAUGAGCCGCCCCGCCUCGCUACCUCCCAGACUCUCUGGAGGCCUCCGUACCCAACAGCCUCCGUACCCAGUGUUACCCAACAGCCUCCGUACCCAGUGUUACCCCACAGCCUCCGUACCCAGUGUUACCCCACAGCCUCCGUACCCAGUGUUACCCAACAGCCUCCGUACCCAGUGUUACCCCACAGCCUCCGUACCCAGUGUUACCCCACAGCCUCCGUACCCAGUGUUACCCCACAGCCUCCGUACCCAGUGUUACCCCACAGCCUCCGUACCCAGUGUUACCCCACAGCCUCCGUACCCAGUGUUACCCCACAGCCUCCGUACCCAGGGUCCUGAGCCACGGGAAGAGUCCAACUCCUUGAUCUCCAGCAGUAAGAGUGAGCCUGCUGUGGUUAAUCCGUCCAACUCCCUGAUCUCCACGUUCUCCUGCGCCCCUUCCACCUCUGACUCUGUCAGGAUCAAGUGUCGCGAGAUGCUGUCCCAGGCUCUACAGGCCGGAGACGACUACAUCGCUAUAGGAGCUGCCUGUGAUGAACUGGGAGCUCAGAUUGAGGAAUAUAUCUUCUGUGAGUUAAAGAACACAGACCCCAAAUAUAAGAACCUUGUCAGGAGUCGCAUUGCCAACCUGAAGGUCAUCAAGAACCCCAACCUCAGGAAGAGUGUUCUCUGUGGGAAUGUCUCCCCCGACCGCAUGGCCAAAAUGACCGCUCAGGAGAUGGCCAGUGACGAGCUGAAGCAGAUAAGGAAGAACCUGACCAAAGAGGUCAUCAGAGAUCACCAGGUGUCCCAGACUGGAGGAACCCAGACCGACCUGUUCACCUGCGGCAAGUGCAAGAAGAAG